AACGUUUAGAAGAUGAAACUCUUCUAAUCAAUAUGAUCUGUGGGGUAGUGUCAGGAGUGAUAUCUUCUGCUAUAGCCAACCCCACUGAUGUUCUAAAGAUCCGGAUGCAGGCUCAAGGAAGCUUGUUCCAAGGGAGCAUGAUCGGCAGCUUCAUUGACAUAUACCAGCAAGAAGGCACUAGGGGUCUGUGGAGGGGUGGGGUUCCAACUGCUCAGCGUGCCGCCAUUGUCGUGGGAGUAGAGCUACCUGUCUACGACAUUACCAAGAAACACUUAAUACUGUCAGGAGUGAUGGGGGACACAAUUUUAACUCAUUUUAUUUCCAGCUUUAAGUGUGGCUUGGCUGGGUCUCUGGCAUCCAAUCCAGUUGAUGUUGUGAGAACUCGCAUGAUGAACCAGAGGGCAAUUGUGGGCCAUGUAGACCUCUACAAGGAUACCUUGGAUGGUAUUUUGAAGAUGUGGAAACAUGAGGGCUUUUUUGCGCUCUAUAAAGGAUUUUGGCCAAACUGGCUUCGACUUGGACCGUGGAACAUCAUUUUUUUUAUUACAUAUGAGCAGCUCAAGAGGCUUCAAAUCUAAGGACUAAAUUAUCUGUGAGCCCAGCCCUGCCAGCCUUUCUACUGUUUUCUUCCACUGUGUUCUAAUGUAUUUUGACAAAGCUCUAAAAGUUUAUUGAACGAUUUGAUCUCCCAAGGACCUCCUGGUAGAAGAACAUCAGGGUCCAAAGUUGUAUAUGUGUUUGUGUUACCAUGUUAACUUCUCCUACAGAGGAAGUGUUAACAUUGCGAUUCUGGCCCCAGAUUGGUAUCUUCUGUGAAGAUGGAUACUGAUGGGUGACAUUUAAAAUUGCCUUCUUUCCAAAUGUGGGUUAAAUGGAGUUGGUGAGCCCCAACCAUGGGCUAGAGCAGAAGGCAUAGGCCAAGGCAGCUAUUGCCAUGUAUGUUAUGGACCUCAGUUCUCAUUAAAGCAUUUAUUGGCAUC